AUGCUUAUAAGAAAAGAAUUCAUUAUUGGAGCAAUUAUAUUAUGCCGGAUAUACUGUAGAGUAGGAUUGAAUGUUUAUGUGCCAUUGCAUAAUGAAAACAUUGAUGAUAAAGGCUUGAAAAUUCGACUGGGUGGAUCUAUAUCUCCAAUGGGUACACUUUUUUCUGAAUGGCUUAAGCUAAUGCGUGCAAAGCGGCUUUUCUCGUCAGAAGUGGAUAUAGAGUAUAGUUUAAAUAACUUUGUUACCCCCAAUAAUAGUGAAAGAGUAUUAAUGUGGUUUAAAAGAAAAUUUGAUAAUGACAAGGCCCAUGGAAUAGAAAUAAUUGCUAGAGAAGGGGAAGACCCGAUUUAUAUUAGAGACUACCACCAAACAUUAGUAUACUUGUUUCCUUAUUCACAUCAGAAUUUUUCAAUAUACACAAAUAGAAAUAACUCAUUCAUGAGAUUCAUUCAAAGUAGACAUGUGUUUGAGCACAGAAUUAAUAUUUUAGCCUCUCUGUUUUUAUUGGCAGAAGGAGUGGACGUGCCACUAAAAAUAGAAGGCACUGGGCCAGAGCAAGUGUUAGUUCUAAAGAAGAUUAGCACUAAAGAAAACAUAUUCUCUCUAAGCAUGAGUGCUAUGUGCAAUAUAAAGCAGCCUAGUGAUAUAGUAAAACCUACUAAAGUAAAACAAGAAGAGGCUGUUAGUGUUAUAAACUUCUUUAUAGAGAACAAAACAAAUUUUGAUAUACGAAAUGGAGGCAGAUACCAAGAACCCAAAGCAUAUGAAGACUUUAAAACUGGCAAGUUUUUAAAGAAUGCAAGGUGGCUAAUACAGCACUAUAUAUUUGAAUACUUGAAUACUAAAGAUGAUAUAGUUGAGUUAGCAAAGGCUGUGCACUCUAUGCUUAAGGAAAGUAUAAAACAAAAAGAGAAGGAAGAGUACGGGGAUAACGCGGUGGAAUAUCUUGGAAAGAUUCUAGAUAGAUGCUUUGUGAAUUCUAGUGCUGAUAUAGCUAAUGAUUGUAGAAUGUCUGCAUUGAAUGUGUUAUAUGGCAAGGCAUUUUUAGAAGAUGUAUUUCCAUUUAUCUUUAAUGAGGAUUUUUCUCGUUAUCAACGGGUUCUAUCUUACAAUAGAAUAGAAAAUUCCUUUGAUAGUAGCAACCUAUACAGCAAUUCUACUGAAAUGGGAUUACUUGGUUUGUUUUGCUAUUUGGCAUACGAUCCAGAGAAGAAAGAGUAUACUACAGAGCAGAUGGGAGAAGUAUCGCCAGACUUGAAAAGGUUCUUUUCUACGUAUAACAAACCAUUUGAUAUAACUAAACCCGAAAUUCAUAAUGAGUGGAAUAAAGUGGUGGCUGAUUUAGAAAAUGAGAAUAUUAAAUAUCUGAAAGAGAAUAGAAAUAAACUUGCUCCAGGUAUAAUAAACAUGUUAUAUGUUAUUGCUGAAAUAACUGGAAGAUAUUCUAAAGAAAAAUGGGCUCUUAAAGAAUUUAGUAAUCUUCUGAUAGCAAAUGGAAAUUCUCAUGAAUUAGUUGAAAAAGUGGAAAUAUAUGCAGAAAAGUUAUUUAUAUCACUCAUAGAAAAAUCAAGGCAGUUAAGAAAAACUUCUCUUUUCCCAAACCAUGAUAUAGGCUUUAGUGACGAAGACAAAAACAGCUCAGUGGUCGAAGCGCCAAUAAGCAGAUAUAUAAAAGUAAACAUACAUAGUACACUAAAAAAAGAAAGAGUCCAUAAAAGUUUGGACUUGGUUGGAGUAAUAUUUAUAAACCAUAGCUAUCACGAGUAUGUAAUAGAGAUAAGAUUGUGCCAUACAAACGAUUAUGUUUCUACUAAAUACCUAUCUUACAUAAAUGGCAGCUUAACUAAUUCUAAGAGAACUGAUACGAUUAAUAUAAUUAGUUCUAUUGAAAAAGAAAAGAAUGCAAGUCUAACAGAUUAUAUGAUUAAGCACUGCUUAGAACAAACACUGUUUAAUAACUCUAUUGAAAAAAAAAAUGGAGACCCAUUCCCAGAAAAUAUGAACAUAAAAACAGAAAACAAUAGACUUUACUCAAUUGACAAGUUUUUCUUGUACAAUCCAAUUGAAUUGGAGGGCGAAACACUAAAAUUGAUAUAUUAUGUUAGAGAGUGCCUCUUGGGAUAUCCUCUAGAAGAGACUGAUCCUUGGGCACGAACUAUUUCCAAUAUGAUAGGAAGUCUUAACCUGCAUAAUUCGGAUAUAAUUCAAAAUAUGUUUUUUACUCCAAUGUAUACUGGGGGAUUAUACAGAAAUUGUUCUAAAAAAAUAACUAUAUCCCAAAAGAUACUUAAUGAUCAAGACCAUUUGAUUGGAGAGAUAUGCAAAUAUGCUUCUUAUUUAGGGCACAGCAAUUCGGUUCAAGGCAAUUUGGAGCUUAUAAAGGCAUAUUUAACAGCAGGGCAUUAUAUGGGGAAGCUAUUUUCUUUUUUACUGGAAAAUUGCACAGUAAAUGAACAUAUAAGAUUUCUUAAGGUAUUAUCACAUAAUGGCACAAUUACAGACUAUCUAACUGAAAUUGCAAGAUUUAUAGAUGGUUUAGACAAAAAAAACCCAAAAUAUAAAAAAGUUGUUCCUUCCAAUGAUGUGUGGAUUAUUUGGCUUAGAAUGGCCUUUAACUCUGAUGAUUUUGUUUUUAUUAUAAAAUUGAUCUUUGAUAAAAUUGCUAUUAAUGAUGAUUUUCUGAGUAGAAAUGAAGGAAAACUUAAAUAUCGUGAAAAGACUAAUGAGGAACUAUUGGAUUUGUUUGAGCGGGCUAAUAAACAGCAGCAAGAAGUAGUAAAAUGUGUGAAAACUCUAAUAGAGAACUCUCCUAAACAUUCUGAAAUAUUUUAUUAUACAAUGAGAAUGUAUUAUUAA